AUGGGCGCCGCCCAGGAGGCGUUGCUUUUCGGCAAGCCGGUCCUCUGCCUGCCGAUGCUCGCCGACCAGGAGGACGUCGCUAGGAGGGUUAUCGAUGCCGGCGCCGGGCUCGGGCUGUCCGGCCUCCCCACCGGGAACAUCAGCUCCGGAGACAUCCGGGAGGCGGCCGCGGACAUCGUCUCAGACCCCUCCUAUGGCGGAAGUGCCGCUGUACUGUCUGGCGUGUUGAGGCGAGCCGGCGGCACUCUGCGAGCGGCGGAUGUUGUCGAGGGGACUCUACAGCUAGGCGGGAGUUCCUACUUGCAUCCCCCAGAGCUCCGAGGACCGUGGCACGAGGCCUCUGGCACCGAUGCGUACGUGUUCCUCUUGGCCGGCCUGGUCCUGAUGGCAGUCCUUGGGUACGCCUUGUUUGCGGCGCUCUGCUACGGCGCGCUUCUCUUGCUGCGCUUCUCGGCGAGGAUGGCGGUGCGCUGCGUCCGCAUGCUGUUCGGCCUCCCGCGGCGAUUCCCUCGUGUCGGCAGCGGCGGCGGCACCGUGGCGGGGGGGCGGCAGAUGGGAUGGUGGUGCGAGUGGUGGCGGCGGGGCAACCCGAGGGGUUCGACCCCGAACGGCGGCAAGAAGAACAGCGACAACGGCGUGCUGCUGUCGCCGGAGAAGGCGGCGGCGGCGAUGGCGGCUGCCGCCGAGGCGGAGGCCGCGGUGGCGAAGAUGAUGGCGGCGGCAGCGGCAGCCGGCGGCGGCGGCGACGGCAGCGGCGGCGGCGGCGACGGCAGCGGCGGCGGCGGCGGCGGCCUUUGGGACGAAGCGCUCAUGACGCUCUUGGGAGGUCCGGGACCACCGGACCCGUUCCCGGAGGACUCGUUGCCGGAGCUCGACGGGCCGGCGGUGGUCAGGCAGCACGCGCCGGGGGCGGGUGGUCGCAACGGUGGCAACGGCAGGGGCGACCGUGCCGUCGCCAGCGGCGGCGCCGGGGGCGGGAACGGCCACCUCAGGUCGCUCUCCGGGGAGCUCGUCAUGUGGCCGACGGCCCCGAACGACGGCCGGACGUUUGAUUUCCGCGGGUGGAGCACCGGUGCCGCCAACGGCGGGAGCUACGGCAACGGCAACGGCAACGGCAACGACGUGGCGCCGCACCACCUGAAGCGGUGGGAUUGA